GGUGGUCAUGCGUGUACACGCGAUUUCAAGUUGACGCUACGCCGUCCGACGCUCGUGAACACGUUGUUCGUGAAGUGAUCGCGACGAAACCGGGACGAGUCGGAGCGAGUCCGCGACGCAUGUUCUCGUGGCCGACGUCGCCGUUCCCCUCGGCACGACUGAAACCACGAAGCUCGCGGGGAAGGUGCACGAAAUCGGCACGGUGUUCCUGUACGCGUGAGGCGUCCCGCCGGACUCCAGCGAAUGGUUCAACGGCUGUGUGUGUAUCGCGUUCGCCAGGCGUUGCCAGGUGUUACCAGGUGAACGUGUGCGACGGUUCGCGUCGCGUUACUCCGUUUACACCCGUCAACCUACCUGUCUACGACGGGACUUUUGUGUACAGGAGCAAGGAGAGAACCCCGUGUCGCGCCACAAUGUCAGAAUUCCCAGAAAUCCUCUUUGCGAAUCCUGUCGCGUAAACUGCGGUGGAGACGUAAUUUACGGUGCAAGGACGACGACGAUCGAGUGCAGUCGGUUACGAGAGUGAACGUAAAGUUAGGCGCGUGUGAGCUCGAGCGCGAAGUUAGCUGCGCAUGAGUUUCGUCUUCGAAUACGAAUCAAAUCGCGUCGACAUUACGUUACGCGCGUCGACACAGUCGCACUGUGAGUGAAUGUGAGAAAUCACGAGUGAUCUCGGACUGAACGAUUGUUCGUUUGGCGAACGAAGGCCGCCGCAGAGAGACGAGGAGAAGAAGAACACAAAGACCGCGUGAACGAGAAGGAAAGACUGAGGAAAGAGAGCCGGUCCGCGGACGAUCUCCGUCGCGAUCAGUCGAUAGAUCUCUUUCCCUCAUAGUCCGGCAUUUCCGUGAAUCCUUGCUGCGCGCGCCGAGAGCAAAGAGGACACGUUGCGACAACACGGACGCGCGUCGCGUGCGAUUUUGCAUCCGCAACAGAGGACGAUGCGCACGUCGUCUCGUGAGCGAACUCGGAGCGGCUUUUGAAGUAGGAACGAAAGAGAGCAGGGAAAGAGCGCAAAGUGUUAGUCGCUCGACGAAGCCGACGCGAAAGGGAGGAGUCGUGUGCAGUGGGCGAGAAAGAGAGAGAGAUAAAGAGGGAAAGAGAGCCGCAUCGUGGAAUGCACGGAGUCACGCGAGUGUUACGUGCGAGAUGAAGACGCGCGAAUCGCCGCGAUCAUAGAGCUCUCCGCGUAGAGCUCCUGCGCGUGCAUCGGAGUUUUUUUUACGCGGCCGAACGAGUACACAGGCGAAGGAAGUGGCCGGUGACGGAGGAGAGAAGACGGCGACGGGAGAGACGGGGAGGAGGAGAGGUCAACGUUGUAGCGGCAAGGCGGAGAGGAUGAUGCGGCCGGCGGCCUCCGCGAGGACGCGGAGCCUUCUCGCCGGAGCUUGGCUUGUCGUAUGGAUCAUCGGCAGCACCCGCAGUAGCGAACCACUUCUAGAGCCGCGCUUCUUCAUUCAACCAUCUACCAGCGGCAAUAUACUCAGUGAGAAUCGCACCAAGAUUCUACAAUGCCAAGCAAGAGGCAAUCCUCAACCAAAGUACAGGUGGUUCAAGGAUUGGGAACCGCUCAGCGAAAUGACCACGUCAGGAUCUUUUCGGAUUCAGGAUACGCGACGAAUGGACACCGGCAUUUAUCAUUGUGUCGCGACCAACGACGUGGGCUCGAUAUUCAGCGAUCGUGUUGGCUUCUCUGUAGCAUAUUUGGGAAAAUUCGACGACCUCACAGAUAGAGUAGUGACGGUUGAAUAUGGUAACGUUGCAAUAUUGGAGCUACCGUUGAUUGAGAGUAAUCCCAGCCCUACGGUAACGUGGUUGUCUUCGGACGCGACGGAACUGUACGGCAUAAAGUACGCUAUGAUUGACCACAAGCUGUUCAUACUAGAUGCCGCGAAGAGUGAUGAGGGUUUCUACAGAGGGAGGGCUUUCAACAAUCAAUUGGGUAAGGAAGAGAUCAGUCCGUUCUUCAAGCUGCAGGUCACUGGUGAUCCGGAUGCAGAAAUAGCCCCCAGUAUAAUUGUCAAACCUCAGAACACACGGAUAAUCAAGGAUCAGAAUGCCGCUCAUAUCCAUUGCGUCGCGAAUGCCAGAUCGCUUCAUGAGUUGCGGAUUCUGUGGAUGAAGGAUGAUAUACCUAUCGAGAACUCCCAGGUAACAUACAGUUUUAACGACUCGUGGAACAGGACGCUCAUGCUGAUCUCCGCGAACAUGACUUAUACGGGAACGUAUUCCUGCCACGUGGAUCUGAAGAGCGGUGGCUAUCCGACUUUGAAUGCGAGCGCUAAGAUCGUUGUAUACGAAAAACCGAAAUUCAACACAGAGUUGAAAAAAGAAACUCUGAGUGAUUACGGAUCCAAGGUUACGUUAUCGUGCAACGUUGAUGGCACGCCGGUUCCGAAGAUUACUUGGUUCCGUAAUGCCGACCCAGUCGAUCAUUUGCUAGAAAACAGAUAUAAGAUAGAGGAAGACGGCUCGCUGACGAUUCAGAAAUUGACUAUGGAUGACUCGGGGAUGUUUCAGUGCCUCGCGUCCAACGAGGCCGGCGAAGCAUCCAGUUACACGUGGCUGAAAGCGAAAAAAGGAUUAGGGAGCGGAUUGAAAGACAGAGUUGUCCGCCGGGCAGCUGGUUACAAUGUAGUCAGAAUUCGCCAGUCUGAUCGCAGUUUUAUGUUCUCUCAAUAUCCAGACACGUCUGGGCCAAUAAUGGAAAAUGGUCCGCAAAAUUUGACGGUAUUGGACGGCAAGGACGCGACUCUAAGUUGCAACGCGGUGGCGGCGCCCAAACCAAACACCACCUGGUACUAUAACGACACGAUACCCGUGGAGAUAGCCGGAAGAGUACAAGUCUCGGGUAAUGGUGAUCUUCUGAUCGCAGCGGUGAAACCGAACGACGCGGGUAAAUACACUUGCGUCCGCGCGAAUGAGGCCGGCUCUGUCAACGGAUCGGGAUUCCUCACCGUCAUGAUUCGAACGCGCAUUACCGAACCACCUAUCGAUACAUCCGUGCUUCUCGGGCAAACCGCCGAAUUGCAAUGUAAAAUUGCGAAUGAUCCCAGCGUCAUGUACGACAUGGCGUGGUUUCACAAUGCACAAGUGAUAAACACGCAAGCGAGUCAGAGGGUGAAGAUGCGACAUGAUGGCACCCUCGAGAUUGUUGCAGUGCGAGCUUCCGACGUGGGAGAAUACACGUGCUCCGUGGUGUCGCCUGGCGGCAACGAGACGCGCUCCGCCCGUCUCAGCGUGAUCGAGCUGCCAUUCGCGCCGAUCAGCGUCAAGGCUGCGCGAGUCGAGCGGAUCUCACCGCGCACGAUCAACGUCACUUGGGUGCCCGGUUUCGACGGCAACAGUCCUACAAAGAAAUUUAUCGUCGAGAAGCAAGAAGUGUCCGUCUCGGCGCCUAUAUCCGAUUCGUUAGUGAGCUGGGACAUCGUCGACAACAACGUGUCCGCGGAUACCCGAUGGGUGUUGCUGAAUAAUCUGAAAGCAGCGGCGGCCUAUCAGUUUCGCGUUUACGCCGAGAACAGCGUCGGCAAGGGUAUGCCGUCGGAACCAAGUAACGUCGUCGAAUUGCCACAAGAGCCACCUAGCGGUCCGCCCGUCGGUUUCGUUGGUUCAGCGCGUUCAUCGUCUCAAAUAAUAACGCAAUGGCAACUACCGUUGGAGGAGUAUCGGAACGGCCACAUUUUGGGAUAUAUUCUGAGAUAUAGGCUGUUCGGGUACAUCGCCAAUCCUUGGAUGAUGCAAAAUAUCACUAACGAAGCCCAAAGGAAUUAUCUGAUCACCGAUCUGAUCACGUGGAAGGAUUAUGAGGUGCAGAUAGCGGCAUACAACGACAAGGGAGUGGGUAUAUUUACCGAUGGCUUGAAGAUAAAAACUAAGGAAGGAGUUCCGGAAGCGCCUCCCACAAAUGUGAGAGCGGAAGCAGUGAAUUCAACGGCAGUGAAAGUUUUGUGGAAGCCACCCAAUCCUCAGAAAAUUAAUGGAAUAAAUCAGGGAUACAAAUUGCAAGCCUGGGCUGGUGGUAAUCUGACAGAGGCGAACAAGUAUAAGUCAAUGACCGUACCGCCAAGCUUGUUGGAUCCACUCUUGGAGCAGAGCGCUAUUAUAACAGGCUUGAGAAAGUACACUCUGUACAACAUUACAGUGUUGUGCUUCACCGAUCCGGGUGACGGCGAGAGGAGCUCACCCGUCGAGAUUCGCACUCGCGAAGACGUGCCCGAAGAAGUGGAGAAUCUGCAAUUCGAUGAUAUCAGCGAUCGCGCGCUGACGGUCAAGUGGAGUCCGCCUAAAGAAACCAACGGAAUAUUGACGCAUUACCAACUGAAAUAUAUGAUAAAGGAAAUUCCGGAUUCUUUGCAAGUACAAAACUUCACAGCCGACGUAUUGUUUACCAAAGUAGAGCACCUGCAGGCAUUAACUCAUUACAAAUUCGAAGUGGCCGCGUGGACGUCAGUCGGGCCUGGCAAAGCGAAAGUCGCGAUCAUACAAUCGGGUGUAGAGCCGGUGCUGCCGGAGCCUCCUACGAAAUUGGCGUUAUCCAACAUCGAUGCAUUCUCCGUUGUGCUGCAGUUCACACCUGGCUUUGACGGCAACUCAUCUAUCGCGAAGUGGACGGUGCAGGCGCAAACAGCGCGAAACUCGACGUGGUACAACAUCUACGAGGUGUCAGAUCCCGACGCGUGCACCAUUACCGUCGACAGACUCACUCCCUUCAUGCAGUACAAACUCCGUUUGAUCGCGAACAAUGUGGUCGGCGCCUCGCAACCGUCCGAGCCGACGAAGGAAUUUCAGACGAUUCAAGCACCACCUUCCCAUCCGCCGACGAAUGUCACCGUACGCGCAAUGAGCGCUACCGAGUUACGCGUCAGGUGGAUUCCUUUGCAGCAGAUAGAAUGGUACGGCAAUCCACGCGGAUAUAACAUCACGUACACAGAGGUACGGAUGAACAUGUCGAAGAGUAUCUCUAUCGAGGAUCCCACGGCGAACUCGUAUAUUCUGGAGAAUAUGAAGGAGUACGCCGAUUAUGAGAUAGUGAUGCAAGCUUUCAACGACGUUGGCUUUUCGGAGGUGAGUCCUAAGGCCGUGGAACGCACUCGCGAAUCAGUUCCUUCACUCGGACCGGUCAACGUGGAAGCGAACGCGACGUCGUCCACGACUAUUGUGGUGCGGUGGGGUGACGUGCCCGUGGAACACCAGAACGGACAGAUCGACGGGUUUAAAGUCUAUUACGGCGCGAAUUCUAGAUCGCCGUUCCAGUACAAGAAUAUUCCUAGUAACACCACUUUCACAACCACUCUGACCGAGCUGCGCAAAUUCGUUCAGUAUCAUGUGCAGGUCCUGGCUUACACGAGACUUGGAGACGGAGCCCUCAGUAUUCCGCCUGUGAGAGUGCAGACCUUCGAAGAUACUCCUGGUCCACCGUCCAAUGUGUCUUUCCCCGACGUGAGUCUAACCACAGCUCGCAUUAUCUGGGACACACCGGAGGAUCCCAAUGGCGAAAUCCUCGCGUACAAAGUGGUGUUUCACUUAAACAAUAGCCAAGAUCGCGAGUUCUCAAGAGAGUUUCCUGCGUCGGACAGAACGUUCACUGCCACAGGUCUCGAGCCGGAGAGGUACUACAUGUUCUCCGUGACGGCGCAGACGAGACUGGGCUGGGGCAAGACUGCGUAUGCACUCGUGUUCACCACAAACAACCGAGAGCGUCCACAGGCGCCAUCGGUGCCGCAGGUGGGCAAAUCGCAGAUCCAGAGCCGUCAAAUCACGUUCAACUGGACACCAGGCAAAGACGGUUUCGCACCAUUGAGGUAUUACACGGUACAGCAGUCCGAGAACUCGGGACCGUUCCAAACUAUCCCCGAGAGAGUGGAACCCACCUUGACGUCUUACACGGCCGACAAUCUGAAGCCUGACACUUUCUAUCAGUUUCGUAUUCAAGCCACCAACGACAUAGGUCCGUCCGAAUGGAGCACCGAGUCCGUUCAAGUACAAACUCUACCUGCAGCGCCGUCCAAGGGUGUCACCGGUCUGAAAGUUGUGCCGAUAACGACAUCCAGCGUCGAGGUUCACUGGAACAUGGUCGACCAGAUAUAUUGGAGCGGCGAUCACAAGACAGGUGGUUACCGCGUCGUUUAUCAGCCGGUAUCAGACUUCCCGACAGCACUUCACACCACACCAAAGAAAGAUGUUGUAGGAAUCAAGGAAACUAAGAUGGUCCUCAGCGACUUAACAGAGGAUAGGUAUUAUGAAAUCAUAGUGUUGCCUUUCAACUCGGAAGGUGAAGGUCCACCGAGCCCACCGGUUACAGUGUACGUAGGCGAGGCGGUCCCCACGGGAGAGCCUCAGCACCUGAAAGCUGAAUCCAUCUCUUCCACGGAAGUCCAUUUGCGAUGGAAGCCACCCCAGGCCAAUAUGCAAAAUGGAGGCCUAUUAGGGUACAAGAUUUUUUAUUUGGUGACCGACUCACCUCAGCAAUUGGAGAAGAAACAGGAGGAGGAGAUUGAAGUUGUUCCGGCGUCCUGUCUGGCACACAGUCUAGUCUUCCUCGACAAGUACACUGAAUACCGUAUACAAGUUUUAGCGUUUAAUCCGGCUGGAGACGGUCCCCGAUCACGGCCGAUCACCGUGAGAACAAAACAGGACCUCCCAGGACCGCCGCAUAAUCUACAAUUUACGGAAAUCGCCAUGACGAGUUUGCGCGUGUCCUGGGAGUCACCCAAGUUACGCAACGGUGAAAUAGUUAACUACCUUGUCGUAUACGAGACGGCGGAGCAAAACGAACAUUUCAGCAAGCAAGUGAAGCAGAAGGUGCACAGGACGUACAUGGUGGUCUCGCAAUUGGAAGAGGAAGCGCUGUACACAUUCACGGUACGCGCGCAAACGAUUGACCUUGGUCCGCCGAUAUCCGGAAACGUCACGACUGGGCCACAGAAGGGCUCACCGAUGUCACCCAGCAAACUUGUCCUCUCUAAGACCGCCUCCAGCGUGGAGUUGCAUUGGACCAACGGAGCGUCCGGAAAGGGUCCUAUAUUGGGGUACUACAUCGAGACGCGUCGUAACGCGAUGGAAGAGUGGCAGCAUUAUAACACGCGCUGGGAUCCCUUAACUCGCAUCUCAAACGGACCGUUGACGGAGUUCACUGUGUCUUAUCAAAACUUACUGCCGUCCACGGUAUACUCAUUUAGAGUGCUAUCAUACAAUCAGUACGGGAUCAGUUGCCCAGUAUAUUCUACUGAAACGCUAUUAACGCCGUCGAAACUGUACCUGGAAUACGCAUACCUGCAACAUAGGCCGUUCUACAGGCAAACCUGGUUUAUGGUCACUUUAGCAGCUACGUCAAUCAUAAUCAUCAUCACAGUCAUAGCGGUAUUGUGUGUGAAGAGCAAAAGCUACAAGUACAAACAAAAGGCACAAAAGACCCUCGAGGAAUCGAUGGCGAUGGACGGGGACGAUAGACAGGAGUCGGAUUUGGAGCUGUACAGAUCACGUCAGGGUGGUGGGUGCACUAUCAACAUGGGUAGCGGCACUCUAGGCAAGAGGAGCACAUUAGCUCGCAAGGCGAUUCCGCCGCCUCCUGCAAUGCUAGGAAAAUCGCCUCCCAGGCCGUCUCCCGCAUCAGUCGCCUAUCACAGCGACGAGGAGAGUCUCAAAGGAUACGACGAGAAUCCUGACGACAGUAGCGUCACAGAGAAGCCCUCCGAAAUAAGUUCCACCGACUCUCAGGGUUCCGAGAGCGAAAACGAGAGUGUGCAGUCCGAUCCGCAUUCCUUCGUGAAUCACUACGCGAAUGUGAACGACUCGUUGCGACAGUCGUGGAAGCGACAGAAACCUGUUCGGAAUUACUCGUCGUAUACCGAUUCCGAGCCAGAAGGCAGCGCGGUCGUUAGUCUGAACGGCGGGCAGAUUAUCAUGAACAAUAUGGCGAGAUCGAGAGCGCCGCUGCCUGGUUUUUCGUCGUUCGUGUAAUUAACCGAAUUAACAAUUAAUUAGUAAGAUAUAAAGAAACACUUUUUCUAGCGGAGUUUUAUAAAAAUUCUCAGCGAGGGUCUUUUCUCUUUCUCCCUCGAACUGUCAAUAUCAAAACUAUCGCCUCGACGAUCUCGCUUCGUGCGGUGGUCUCUUUUUAUAUAUGUGAAAGAAACAUAAGUUUUUUUAUACAAGGCGUCUGACAAUUCACGACACACCCGUGGUAUGCAGGCAGAACUCAAUACUAAAUACACAAUUUCUCUACCAUUUCGCAAAUAACCACGUAAAAUUUUGAUGAUUAAAGAAGAUUGGUGCGUUUUAGCGCACAAUCAUGCAUUAAUCUUCUUUAAAUAAUAAUUAAAAAUCUACAUGAUCAUUGUCAGAUACCCUGUGUAUGUAUAAAGAAGGAUAAGUAUAUUAUUUCAGAAUUUUAUGGACACGUAUAUGCGUCUAAUAAAUGGUAUCAGUAUGGACUGUAGAUGCAUAUAUGCGUCUGAUUUUUUCGGCUUGUACUGUCGGCACAAGCAACAGUUAUCAACUGUUGCGAUAGACACUUAUAUUCUUUUACAUAUUUUAGAGACGGUAAUAAGUAAAAUUUCAUUCGUCUCGGUCCAUAGUUUUCGAUAAUAUCUGAUAACUACUAAGAAAAUACUUUACAAUGUAUAUUAAGUGACUUACCUGUAUAUACGUAUGUAAAGAUAAAAGACUUGUGUCGACGUGUACUGGCGUUGUAGACUUCUAGUAAGGUUUUAACGGCGUACUCGGAACGUCGAGGCAUCUUCAUAUAUUGUGAUAUAUUGAUAUACAUAUAUAUAUAUAUAUAUAUAUAUAUACAGAUUAUAUAUAUAUUAUUUAUAAUUUUUUAGAUAAGACAUUUGCAUUUAAUAGACAUUUGUACUUCCUCUGAUUGAAGGAUCAGGAGAGUAGAAGCAUAUCGGGAUCUCGUUAUGUAAGUUCCAUACCUGAGAAGCGGAGCUAUUCAAGUCUAGAAAAAAAGUACCAGUCCUUUUUCUCUUUAGGGAAAAUCAGGUUAAUGUGAAUGUUAAAUCGAACUUUUUCCGUUUCUCAUGUAUGCAAUAUAUGAUUUAAUCUUACGCAUUCUUCUAACAUACGACGUUCGAACGUUAUGUAUAAAUUAAGGACACAAGUUGUUAAAAAAAGGGAACACUACUAAAAAGGGUACGCGCCUUAGCGUACUGGCGCGAUCGUCACGACGAUAUCCAUAGAGGUUCUGGGAGAAACGGGACGUCAAUUCAUACUCAACGUUCGUUAAUAGUCAGAUCUGUCGUCAUAUCAUCACAUUGUUCGCCGAUUUCUCUCAAACACGAAGAACGUUGCUGAAAUAUUACGUAAAUGAUAUAUCCUGGUAUAGCAAGAUAUUGAGGAAACAUUUUUAUAAAAACGUACGUGUAAAUAUUGCGCAAAACCGCGUUAUUAUUACGUUUAGUUUGGUUUGGUGAAAGAGUGUAAGUUUUGCGCUUACGAACGACCUGCGAAUUGCAAUUUUAGCAGAAUUCAAGAGAAGACAGGAUAGCCAAUAAAUAUUCGCUUUUAUUAUCGACUGAUUUAUCGCAGCUAAUCCGUAAGACGUGUCAUUAAUUAAUUUUUUAAGAAACAUUUUUAUAAUUGCAUUCUUCCACUAUAUACAAGGUGUCGCAUGACUCGCAAUUAAAUAGUUCAAGUUUUGAAGUUUUAGUUACCAUGUAUAAGAAAGAAAAUAGUCGAUAUAUUUUUAUUAAUUUUUAUAUUCGACAUGGUAAAUAUAAAAUUUUUUUAUUUCUUAAUUUUUUGUACGAUAUAUUGUGUUUAACAAUUCUUUUAUAUAUAUAUAUAUAUAUAUAUAUAUAUAUAUAUAUAUAUAUAAAAUAGGUUUUAUAUUUAGAGUUAUCACAAUGUCUAAUUCUAAAUUAAAACUUAAGUCUGGAUUGUAGAUGUCUUAGAUAAAAAAGUGCCUAUUUGUCGAAUAUUGAGACAUUUUUGUACAUGAUUUCAUCAAAGUGUAAUUGUUUCGAACAGAAUUAAAAUCGGGAUUGCGAAUCGUGAAACACCGCGUGUAUAAUUCCAUUUUCAUGCAUUCAUGUGUAAAUAUAUUGUAUAUUUUCUACCCGUAAGAAAAAAGAAAUGUAGAUUUUGUAUGACGCUACUAUAUUAGCUAGCGCGGAGCUAUCGAUUGAACGCAUUCGUUUUGUGAUACACAUACGCAUAUAUUAUUAUUGUAGCUAUUACUGAGACAGUAUUUGUAUCUUCUUAAACAUUCUCAACUUUGUCCAAAGUCGGAUAUCGAACUGAAGUACGAUAUAUUAAGUUGGUGCAAGAGACUUGUCAUUUUUAUAUUAAGAUUUUCGUAGGAAUUUCGGAUAUAAUUAAAAGUUUAAAAAUUUCCUCGUUAGAUAAUGAUAUUUAAAAAUUUCCUCGUUAGAUAGCAUUUCUAAAGAAAUGCUGAGCCAAUGUUCAUAUAAUUCGUAAAAAUUAUUAUUCUUUCGAAAAAUUAGUUAAUUCCGUUUUCUACUUUACUUGGCAAAUACGACGAACUUUUCGCACCAGCCUAAUAGUUGCGUAAUUUCGCGCUUUCCUUUUUGUGCAGCUGCGCGAACAGUUAAAUCUAAUGUAAGGUAAGACGCGCAGCAAAGAGAAGCCUAAUCUACCAAUUAACGAUUAAGACCUAGAUUCGUAUCCAGUAAAAUCAUUCGAGAUAUAUGAACGAUUUUAUUCGAUAAGAAGCAUCUCCUUUGAGAGAAGCGCGCUCAAAACUGCGUUUCUUCUUGUGACACUGCCAGCGAGUUCGCUUAGUGCAAAUCUAAUCUUAUUUAUAUAUCUAUAACGCGCAUUUGCAUCAACAAAUGCGAGCAUAAAAAUCAGCUAUAGGCGUAAUCGUAUUAGGGAUAUCUUGCAGACUUUGUUAAUCUUUCAAUAAAAAUUUAUGCCGUUCCGGAAGAA